AUGUUGAUUUACGUUGAAUUUAAGUUUUGUUUCCGUUUGAACUUUUUACCUAAACCCACCACUAUUAUGGAGGGGUACGUUCAAAUUAAUGGCUCAUUUGCAUCGGAUCUUUCCCAAGAUCUCGAAAACUUAGCAAACACUAUCGCCUCCAGUUGUGCUGGAGACCCGGUAAUGUUGCGGUCUCAGCAAACUUUCAAUGGACGCAAUGGUGACGUUAUACAAGCGAGAAAAAAAUACGACAGUUGUGUUCGUGAGUUAGAUGUACUGCGCCUCAGAGCACGUGAACAAGAUGAUUUUCAUAGCCAAAACCUAUUUGAGUGGAUUUUGCAUUUAAUUGAGCACCAUAUUUCAAAUCUUCCUUAUGGUAAUUAUCUAUCAGAUUUUUGUCGAUGCGACCCAACACAACGGCUCAAAAACGAAUACGACCCAUAUGCAAAAGAAAAUUUACAAAUACUCAGUAAUCAUUACGCGGAAUCUCCAAUUCUUAGACGGUUAGCAGAACUCGCGUUUGACUGCCUACUGUCACCGAACAAUUCAAAAUUUUCAAAUGGUUCUUACGCAAAGAAAUCACGAACGAAUAAAGCUCGUUGUAUCACUUUGUUUGAAAAUCUAGCUAAAAUUAAGGCGUUAUGGAUGCUUAAAUGGACGACUGAUCACGUGUCUGUAGACUUACGAUGGCAGGUGUUUUUCGAAUUUAAUAUUUGGAUGUUGAAUCAACUAAAUUCUCGUGUUCCAUUUACAAUAUUUGAAUUUUUAAUGGAUGUCGAUCCUGUGGCGCUUCAGCAAAGUCUGAUAGGAUUAUUGGAAUAUUACUCGGAUAUUGCAAAUAAUUACAUUCAAGAUAGGCUUUCAUCCUCGUUAGAAAAAUAUGUGGGUGAACGAAUAAUUGUAUCUCAUCUACUUAAUCUUACGAUCCAAUAUCCUGAGCUUAUAAAGAACAAUGAAAAGCAAAUAUGGGAUCAUCUCUCUGUGAAAAAUAUACAAACAAUAUGCUACUUUGAGUGCUUCACGAGAUUUUCUUUAUGUGUAUCAUCAUCAAACGAAACAGUACCGCUUUGGGAUGCAUUUUCUAGCUGGUUAUUGUCUUGGUUGACAAAUGAUUCACCAAAUGUUGUACCUCAUAUGCUUCCUGUAUGCUUAUUACUGGAUAGUUUAGCUAAUGAACAAUACGUUGUUAAUGACGAUAAUAUAGAUCAUACCGAAUUAAAUUAUUUGAAUAAUGUUAUUCGUACAAGAUGUACGUACAUUAUUCAACAGAUAACAAAUAUGAUUGAUGAGUGCGUCAUGGAUUUUCAUUUCAAUUCUGAAGCGGAAUCAUAUUUGAAUGCGCUCAUAGAAAAUUAUUUUUUAUCGCAGUCUUCAAUUACAGAGUCGUCAAAUUGGACUGAACCAUCUGAACAUUUAGUUGUUACUCCUCAUAACUUUUUCGAUCUUAAUCGAGUAUUAACCAUGCUUUCAUAUCGUUGGGGUACUGAUUGUGAACAUUUUUGGCUAGUGAUGCUUAAGUGCAUUGGAUUGGCCACGAAGCAAAAUGCUAUAAAAACAAUCGUAGAGCUUUUGCUUAUAAUUGAUUUUUCGACAAUGUCAUCGGAGGAUGAAAGAAUUGUGAGUAUGAUUAAUCUUGCUCGUGAAUUGAUUACUACUUUGGAGCUUAAAUGGAAGGACGUUGUUAGUUUGGCUGUCGAUAAAAUUGUGGAAAAAACUUUGUUAUACAAAAACCUUGAUUUACCAUCAUUAGCCAUUAAUACUCGACAUACUAGAGUAUACAAAACAUUUGUUUAUUUUAUUUCAACACACCCGGAUACAUCUAAUAUCAAUUUGACCGAGUUGACCAGUGGCUCAUUAGUACUGAAUAAAACAUGUAAAUGUAUAGUAGAUGCCUUAGGAACUCGAUAUAUCAUUGCAUGCUGUAAUGAGUUGAUUGAUGUAUGGUUUGACGUAAUUUCAAGGCAAUCACAAUUAACGAACACUAAUGGGAGAAAGGUUCAAUGGGAUAAAACAAUAGCUGUUUUAGAAAUGAUUGAGGCUUUUCUUUACAUACCGAGUCUUGUACUUAAAAAGCUUUUGGUCAAUAAUGAGUCUAUACGAAAUUGGCCAUGUAAAAUGCAGACAAUAACGGAAGACACAUCAGAUUCAGAAUCAUAUAUUCGACACAAGAUACCGAGAUUUAGGUUUGGUGCUCCAAAUUCUAACAGCAAAUCCUCAAUAACAGCAUGGAAAACAUUGAAGCCUAAACCUUGGUCAUCUCACGUUCUAAUUCAUUAUCUUAUUAACAGUUCUCCAGAACAUGAUUGCACCAUAUCUAAUGCAUGGAAUAAUGGUAUAUUGUUUAGGAUGUGCUGCAUGCGCCCAGAUCUAUUAUCAUUUGAAUCUAGUAAAACUUCGUUAUUGAUACGUCUUCUUUUGAACCGUUUGACAACUAAGGAACCUCCGACAAAUAUAACAGGGCAUAUAAUUUUACCAAAAUCUAUAACGUAUCGUAGAGAUACUUUUUUGCAAUCAACAUUUUCAGAACAUCCGGAGUUGUGGAUAUUGCUUAGUUUUCUAGCAAAUGAUUAUGUAAUGUUUGAAGAACUUUUUAACUCUCUCGUUCGGUCUCUUUUUGCGAUGAACAUUACUUUUUGGUAUCGCGUAAGGGAACAAACUCAAAGAAAAAAUCAAAUAGAAUUGGAUACUGCAAUACGGCUUGUCGAAAUUUUACAGAAGGCACGCUAUAUUCCUUCACCUCUGAAAAAUGUGGGCUGUCUAUUGCCUCAUCUUCAAUCGAAAGAUGUUGGAUAUUUAUUAUUUGAAUCAAUAUGGAAGUUUGUAUUAGAAAACUGGCAAUUAUGUCCAUAUUCGGACGACUAUGAUAUGUUUGAAGGACAAACCACACCGAAUAAUCAUUUAAUUCACUAUUCAGAGAGAGUGAAUGCGAUUAAGUUGAUUAUUCAAAAAAACAUUUUAUCCAUUCCUGAAAUACUACCUCACCUUGUUAAUUAG